CACAUCGAAACAAUGCUUCCAUUCUUCCUAUCCUAUCUUCUGCUUGCCUUGCUCAGCUCCAGCUCCUUCGCCUACGCAUGUCGUGCCUCGGUGUGGGCUGUCGGACUCAGCGCGAAUCAGACAGUUGAGGAUCACCUCCUCAUGGUAAAUCGUUCAAUGGCUAUCCAGGAACGCAGGCUGGAGAUUAACGGAUACACGGCCUUCAUUCCUAACGACGACAAGGCGACACUGAAAGCAAUCCGCAGAGAUCCAAGCGUUGGUUAUGUAGUCAAAGUUCCUCAGGACUACUUCCGCAAGUUCGACCAGCACAUCGCUGCUGGACCAGACGGAAUCCAUGACGAGGUUUACGAGUACAAGUUGCGUUCUGACUAUCAAUGGGGUCGAUUGCAACGCCGAGACCCAGAGAUCAUCGAGUCCAUGUACGUUAGGAGCCGGGACAUCUUCAUCAACCUCAUCACCCAGCUCGACCCAACGGCGGUAUCUCUCGGACGAAGCGAUGAAUAUGGAGACAUGUACACCUUGUCGUUUCGAUCUGAAGAACAGGAAAGGAAGUCCUUACCCUUAAUCUAUAGUGACCAUCGUGUUGAAGCUUCCUGGCCGGAUCGUUGUCACGAUAACAUGAACAAAUUCUUUCACCGAAUAGAUGGUGAGGACAUUCCAUCCUGGGAGGAUACUUGUGUCUGGGGUUUAGGUUACCGACAGUGGGACAAGGCCUUCAACGAUGACACUUUAUCCAAAGGUGCGAAGUCUACGUUCGAUCGCACUCGCAGACUAUCCACAUCAGCCAACUCAAGCUUCGAUUGUGUGGUCAUGGGAAGCAAAACUCGCAAAGGACAGAAAGGAACACGAGGAAAGAAUUGCAUGGAAAGAGCCAGUAUGGCCCCGUGA